AUGGAGUCCUCCGUGGCGUCUCUGAUGGAACAUCUCGGCGGUGUGGAGACGCGGCGGCGGGUGACGAUGAUGCGCCGUAAAGAGGCGGAAACACGACUCGCCUUCGCCACAGAAGAGGGCGUGCGGCUCGAGCAGCAGCAGCAAUUAAACACCGCCGCCGUCGCGGAACUCAAGCGGGCACUCGAACAUCAUCUCGAGCAGCAGCGCAGCGCACAACUGCGGCGCACCACCGGCGCAGACGCCCUCCGGCACGGCGAGGCGACGGAAGUGUUGCUGCUCGAGCGGGCACGCGCGGCCGCAGCGCGGGGGGCGGCACUCGUCGCCGCGUGGGAAACAAACACACGCGAACUCGACGAACUGCAGCGAUCGUGGGAAGACGACGAGGCCGCCCUCCCACUCCACCGCCGAUCACGGCAACUCGCGGAGGAGGCGGCCGCUCUUCUUUCAAAACGAGAACAACUCGAGCGGGAAGUGCGGGAGGCGACGCAGCGGCGCACAGAAACAGUCAUUCCGCAGCCUCCACCCACCACUACGGAAGGAGGUGACGUUACGGUAAUACAACUCACAGCGCAGAUUGGGCUCAGUAAAUGUGAACUGACCGAAUUGCAGGCACAACACGCACGACAGAUGGCAGCACUUGAUCGAGAGGUGGCGGAUUUGAACAGUCGAUCUAUGGAACUCGCUCAGUGGCUUGCAGACACUGUGGGUUCACGUGAUCAAGUCCUGAUGAGCAUUCAAAUGCUGCAAUCCUGUCUAAGUAGUGGGGUGUGUGCAUCCUGUCGUCCAUCCUCUUAA